AUGAAGAAGCAGGCGGAGCUGGAGAGCGGAGAGGCGUUCAACAGAGUCGUGCCGCCAGACACGGUCGUUGGAGCCGAGCUUGUCGGCGACGAGUUGGCACAAAAGUUCGUCUCCGACAUCAACAAAGCGCUUAAUGUACUGAAGACGACGCGAGACAUGAGCCUGAAUGAGGUGAAGCUGACAAUAACAAUCGAAGGCCCAAGGGAGAGGGAGUUGAGAAGACUGGGACUCGAGAAAGAGUCAGGUGCAUCACGUGAUGAGAUGGCUGGUGUGCUGGAUGAAGUCUCCAGGGGCAAGGUGCCCAACGACCGCAUCGCCCUGAAGGCGCUGGCAGAGGAGAUAAACGAUUGGACUUCCACACUGGCACAAGUCACAGGCUCUGCAGAACCAUCAGGCGUUGCACCAACAAGUGGCUGGCGAGAGGGCCAGGCUCGUCCACCCAUAGGUCGAGACAAGAGCGAGGAGCCCCAGUCGCUCGUCGACAUGCUGCCAGACUGGAUGGGGUACAGCUACCUGUACCUCCUGUCAGCCGUGCCUUUGUUCAUCGGCGUGACAAUUGUUGUCAUCUUGUUCGUGAAUUCGCUGAAGUGA